AUGACCCUUGAUUUCGUCAACCCAACUACAACGCCAUCGGAGGAGUGGAUAGCCAGGGGAUAUGCCCUUUGCGCCUCUCUGCCGUCCGCAGGGCGUGGCGCAACCUUGCGUGGACCACAAGCUGCUUGUGCCAGCAGUUCUGGACCUAGCUUUCUAAGAGAUCUCCUGUGUGGUCUUGAAAAUCUUGACAUCUUCAACGCUGCAAGUCUGCCCAAAAUAACCCAUCUACAUCUCAGAACGUUCUCUGUUAGCACCAUUGGCAAUGAGGGCCUGUGCAAAAUUUUAGGUUUGGCUAGGUCCCUUCAAGUUUUCGAUGCAGACAGCCUUGAGCCACACUCCAAUUAUGAACCACCAACUGUCAUUCACUCCAACCUCCAACACCUUGUCUUGAAGGAGGUAGAUUCAAUUGUUUUGAAUGAUCUCCUUGGCAAGCCAUACAUCAGCACUCCUCACCUUGAAGAUCUCACAAUUGAGAUAUACUAUGGCUCCCCAGACUCCACCUCCCUAUACAACUUCAUCACCUCUUUCCAUCAACUCCAGUGGUUUAGAGUGAAAUAUGGUGGUCAAAAGGAUCCAGAUUGGAUUUAA